UAUAAAUCUAAUUAUCAGAAUUAUUAUAUAUUAUAAUGUUAUUUUUUCUUAAUAAAACCUAAUUCAAUUCAGUGUAUUGACAAUAUAUUAUACUUAAAAUGAUAUAAUAGUUUGAGAUUAUCGUCGUAUUCUAUAUUGGUUAAAACAAAUUUAUUCUCAAUUACAACAUCAUGAAUAAUUAUAAUCAAUUAAGGAUUUUAUUAUUUUCAUUGAAACUAUUAUUAUUAUUCAUUAUAAAUUGUAAUUCAUUACUUCAAACUAUCAAUUCACCAGUUGAUCAUGAAUAUUCUAUUGAAGAAGAAGUUCCCAUUGGUACAAUUAUUGGAAAUUUAAUAGAUGAUUUAAUUAUUAAAUAUGCAAAUUAUGGAUUAGUGAAAUUUUCGCAUAAAUUGAAUUCACCAAUAAAUGAUAUUGAUAAUUCAUAUAGUUUGAAAAUAAUGAAUUUUCCUGAUCCAUACGUUAAUUUAUUUGAUAUAAAACCGGAUGGAAGAAUAAUUCUCAGUAGGCGAUUGGAUCGUGAUCAAAUUUGCCCUAAACAACAUCAUAUAGAUUCAUCUCUCAUAAAUAUUGAUUCAGCACAACUUUCAAGUAUAUAUACUGGUACUCAUCGACAAAAUAUCUUACAAACAGAAAAAAUAUCUUGUUCCAUAAUUAUACAAAUAGGUUUGUUUAUUCAUCAGAAAAAUUCUAUAAUAAAUAAGAUAGACAUCGAGGCAAAUAAUAAAAAGCAAAUUCGACUAUUUCAUAUACGUAUUAACAUUCAAGAUAUUAAUGACAAUGCUCCAUAUUGGCAAGGACAUUUACAAAGAUUUCGUAUAACAUUCCUGGAUGGUGAUCCAGUCGGAUCACGUCGUAAUAUACCACCAGCAAUAGAUAAUGAUGCAGGAAUAAAUGGACUUAUUACUUAUGAACUUAGUCCUGUUAAUUCGUUUGAUAAAUCUCAUAUACCGUUUAGUUUAAUUGAGGAUUCAAUUGAUGGACUUCAUUUAUAUGUAACUAAACAGAUAGAUCGAGAAGAACAGUCAGAAUACAAAUUAAUAUUAAAAGCAACAGAUGGAUCAUUAUCAUCGUCUACCUUAUCAGCAUUAUCUAAUGAAUCAACAUUUAAACGAUUCACUUCAACUUUGUAUGUAGAUAUUUUUAUAGAAGAUGUUAAUGAUAAUACACCACAGUUUACGCAACCAAUAUUUACAACAUCCAUGCCAAUAGCUGAAACAACCCCAGUAGGGUCAACAGUUCUUUUAUUAAACGCUACCGAUUUAGAUUCAGGUAUAAAUGGCAUCUUUCAUUUUAGUUUUAGUAAAGAUCACUACUGGCAACCAGCCGAGAAAAUUGCUAGACAUUAUUUCGAUAUACGUCCAAAUGGUCAAAUUAUAGUUAAGCAACCAUUAAAUGUAGACAAGCUUGAUCAAAUUAACGGUCAUAUUAAUCAUAAUAACAACAAAAUAGUUUUGCCUAAUGUAAGAGGUGCUUAUCAGUUGAAAGAUAUUGAUGAGAAUAUUAAUAAAGGUGCAAAUGUUCAAUUUCGCUUUCGAGCCGUUGUUGAAGACGAAGCAACAAGACCAUAUACACGCUCAAGUGAAGCAACUGUUAUUAUACUUGUUACAGAUGAGAAUGAUGAGCCACCCAUAAUUUCAUUGCUUCCAAAUCCAGAACUAAUCAGUUCGAAUGCACUAGAUACUGUUACAACAUCGAAUUCGUUUAGCUACUUUUGGGUUUUCGAAAAUCAGCCUGUUGGUACUAUUGUAGCCACUGUACAAGCAUACGAUCCAGAUUUUGGUGGACAGGAUCAAGUUGAAUGCAACUUGAAAGAUUCAAAUUUUUCACUUAUACGACUCACUUCACAAGCUCAACCUGAAUUUGAAAGAAACACUGAAGUGAACUUAUUAACAGAGUAUCAUUUAAUUACAGCUAGAAUUUUAGAUCGUGAAAGUACUUCUCAUCAAGUGGUUACUAUUGUUUGCUCUGACAUGGUUGGACAUUACACAGAACGAAAUAUAACCAUUCGUAUCUUAGAUCAAAAUGAUAAUCGACCAAAAUUUUCACAUGAAAUACUAUAUUUACAAGUUGAUGAAAACGCUCCAUACGGUACUCAAGUGAGACAGCAAUCCCAAAAAGUUAACAAAGGUUAUUUUAAUAAUGUUCAUCAGACUGGAUCAUCACAAGGACUUUUAGCAACUGACUUAGAUAUUGGAAUUAAUUCUCAAAUGACAUUUUUUCUUCUUGAAGAUGGAGUUAACUCAACUAAAUUCAAAAUUGACUCACAUACAGGUAUCAUAACUACAAUGGACAUGUUCGAUAGAGAAGUCAAAGAAAAAUAUACAUUAACUGCAUUAGCAGUUGAUCAUGGAAAUCCUCCACUCUCAGGCACGGCUACAGUGCAAAUAAUCAUCAAUGAUCUUAAUGAUAAUGAACCAGUUUUCUCGACCAAUAAUUAUACUUUUCAUUUACAAGAAAAUCAAGCACGUAGUACAAUAGUAGGUCAAGUUAAUGCGACAGAUAUUGAUUCAUCUGCAUAUGGUCCAUUGGAAUAUAGCUUUGCUAAUGAUCCAGAUUCAGUUAAUUUUACAAUUGAUAAAAUUACUGGUAUUAUUAGAAAUCGUCAACCACUGGAUCGUGAAGAAAAAUCUCAAUAUAUAUUUCGUGUUUUAGUUAAGGACACGAAAAUUAAAUCGUCAGAAUUUAGUAGUAUAAAUAAGCUCAACUCAAGGAGUAUACAGUAUACUGGUACAUCAACAGUUACGGUGAUUGUUGAUGAUGUCAACGAUAAUUGGCCAGUAUUUAUUAGCCCCAAUUCUACAGCAAACACUCUGGCCAUCGCUUUAGAUCAAAAGACAACCGGUUACAAACUAGCUUAUAUUCAAGCUGAAGAUAAAGAUGAAGGGAAUAAUGGUUUAAUCACUUAUAAUAUUUUAACUGGAAAUAAUUAUGGAUUGUUUGGACUAGAUUCGACAAGCGGAUUGCUCUAUUUAUCAAAUCCUUUCAGUGAUAACAAUAAACUUAACGAUCAUAGCAAUGAAUUAUAUGAUUCAUCAAAUACCUCUAAUUUACCAACAAAGGAUGAAUUUGAUAGUCUUCUGCACAAAUCCAGUAUGCAUAUACUUACAUUAGAGGCAUGUGACCAAGGUAAAGAUCCAAAACCACGAUGUACAUUAUAUAACAAUUUAAAAAUCAUGAUACAAAAUAAUAAAGAAAAAGAUAUACACAAUUUAGAAAGUAAACAGUUUCAAUAUCAUUCACCGAAUCAAUUCAUAAAUGCUCCAGGAUUAACAUCAGCCGAAACAAUAGUAUCUUCAGCAUUCAAACAAAAUCACCCUAAUCAUAUUCAAAACAAUUUUAAUCCUAUUCAAGAAUUCAGCAACGAUAAUCUCUAUCAAAAAGGAACAGGUAUGACUUAUGGAAAUCUUUUAUUGAGUAAACAAAAUCACAAACUUAAUAGUUAUACAACCAAUGACAUAAUGAUUACUUGUCUAUCUAUUAUAUUUGCCUUGGUUCUCAUUGCGACCCUUAUACUUGUUUGUUUGGUUCGCAGAAGAAUAGUGUCGUUUAAAACUCAAACCAAGAAACCAGUAAAUCAAAUGAAGAAUGAACCUAUUCAUCAUUGGAGAAACCAAACUGUCUGUCCAAACUCAUCCAUAAAAAGUUAUAAUAUAGCUUCAUCGGGACAUGGUCAAUUAUUGAGUAGUAUAAAUGAAAAUUCUCUAAGCAUAAAUCAUAAUGCAGAAUUAUUAUUAUCAAAAUCAACUAUAAGCAAUAAAAAUAAUAAUAAUAAUAGUCAUGAUAAUAAUUAUGAUGCCAAUUUUGUUAGUAUACAGAACUCAUUAAAUAACUCGAUUAUUUCACCGGAUGAAUCUAGUUCACCAAGAAGUAUUUACCAAUUUAUUACAUCAUCAUCAUCAGCAGCAGCAGCAACUCACGUGACACAAACAACACCAACAGUAGCAAAAACAAUCACAACUGACUACAAGCAAUAUGGAUGUAAUACCCGAGAAAUAAAUUACAAACUUAAUCAGCUGAAUUCUGUAGAAAAUAGAAAUGAUCAUGAUAGAGCUAAUGUACCAAUGAUGUUUCAAAAAGCAAAUGAACAUAAUAACUCUAUGAAUAAAUUUGGUUUAACCAGUUACAUCUUACGGACAAAAUAACUCUUCCAUUCUUUAGUGCACACUAUUCUUGGUAAACAGUAUGUGUAUGCUUGACAAACAAAUGAUAUAUAUAUAUAUGACAAAUUGAUUAUAACGAUAUAUCAUGAUAAAAUCAUCCUUGAUACAGAAAAAGAUCAAAACACUGUUGCCCAGACAUGAAUCAAUUUAAUGCGAUCCACCAAAGUAUAUGAUAACAACUAAUCUUGACUAUUUCUCAUUAUUCUGUUUAUCAAUGAUUAUGACACAUCAAUUUGAUUAAUUUAUUAAGAUGUUAUUCCUAUGUAAUUUUAUGAUUAUCAAACACUGGAUUAUUUGGGUUUAGUCAGUCCUACAAUAUUAAAUAAACAGUCAGUUUAUCAUAAAAAUCUUGGAUUAGUAACAUAUAGUCCACAUAUUAUGAAUAUGCCUAAAUUAAUAUCAUUACCAUCUGGAGGAUUAACAACAUUUAAUCAUCAAAAUGCAAUACAUAAUCAAAAUAAACAAUUAUUUACAUCAAUUCAUUAUAAUCCUAGCUUGGAUAAUUCAUCAUAUCAGAUCACUCAUUUUCAUACUCAAUCACAACCACAACCAAUGAGUAAUAGAUAUACAACAUUACCAACAUUUUCAAAUAAUAAUCAAACAAUUUGUGAUUUAAAUUCAACAUUUAUUCCUACUUGUAAUCAACAUCCUAACAACGUGACUAAUACUAAUAAAACUACUAACAAUAAAAAUAGUAACAUAAUGUUACCUUACCUAGUGAUGAGUACAAGUAACAUGAAUUUAAAUAAUAUACAUUAUCCUAGUAAAACUGGUAAAUAUCCAACACAGUCACAUACAUAUUAUGAUAUUAGACAAUCUGAUUUUAAGCCUAAUCUACCAGUGAUGUAUAAAUCAAAAUCUCAACAAUUAUCAACUGCUAUUAAAUAUCAUAUACCAAAUAAUAAUAAUAAAAUUAAAGAUGAUGGUUUUAUGGAAUCUUUAAAGAUUUGGAAAAAUGAAAAACAUUUCUCUCAUACAACAGAAAAUAUUGAUGAAACUAGUAUCAAUAAUAUUAAUAAUAACUCUGUUGUAAGAACAGAUUUUACAAGUUCGUGGAAUGAAACAGGUAUUUGGACACCUGAAGAAUCAAAUACACCGUUAGAGAAAUGGAUAAAAUUAUCGGAGCAGAACACUCAAAAUCAUAAUAACAACUCUUUUAAUAUCACUGUUCCAUCCACUAUGAAGAGUAACAAUACCAUUACUGCUACUAGUAAUACAAUCAUCGAUAUCACAAAUUCUGCUGAUAAAAACGUUAAAAAUAAUACCGAUAUGGUAUGUGAAAAUCAUUUUCCCCAUAUAGAAAGGCAACCAAAACUGGCUGAUUCUGGAAAAUAUAUGUCAGCAGCUUUACGAGAAUCUAGUUUUGUAUAAAACUCUAUUUUUCUCCUACAUAAAUUAACAUGAAUUAAAUCUAUAUACAAAUGUUCAAUUAUAAAUUGUAUUAAACCUUAAAGAAGAAGGGAAUGACGAACUAACUGUGUUUCUUUUCUUACAAAAUAAUCAAUUAUCUGUUAAUAUCUUAAAUAUUGUAAACUUUGUGGAUGAUAAUCUUUCAAAUGAACACAAAACAAUGUGCAGUUUUGAUUGUUGUUAUUGGUUUUUCUUUAUGUUUAUGAUUAAUAUAUCUGGUUAUUGUAAAUAAUAAAUGAUGUUUAUAUACAACAUU